GUAGUAGUAUUUGUUUUAUUGUAAAUGUCUUCUUCGGGGAAAAUAAGAAACAGUACUAACUUCCGUUCCGGUCUAAGCGGAAGUCACAUCCUCGCUUCACAAUGGUUCCUCCAGUUGUAGUGUCGCCGCUCAUCAAGACAGCCAGGUGGUCUGCGCUGCUGUUCGGCGUCGUCUAUGGCAAGCAGAGGUUUGAUUACCUAAAGCCCAUCGCCGAGGAGGAGAGGAGGGUUGAGGAGGCAGAGAAGAAAGCUCGAGAGGAGCAGGAGCGCAUCUACAAGCAACUGUCUGAAGCAAACACCGACACCAUUCUCAAAUGAACCAUCUCUGGACUUGUGUUAUUUUCCAAACUCAAUAAAAACCGAAAAUAUUUUUCAUGUCAUAA